GUAUUUACGUUCGUAGUAGUUUACGAGUUAUCAUUGUACGGCGAGUAUCGUAUGCAUUAUGUACAAUUUAUAUAUUUUUCUAACAUUUUUUUACAUUUAACCUCAAAAUGUUGAAAAGUGGACUGUCAGGAAGGAGAAGAUCCGCUCUGUGAGAGAACGUAAUUUAUUGUGUACAGUUUGUAAGCGAGAAAUGCGAGAAAAUGUAUCCCGCGAAUCACAAAACUAUAUUCGUCCUGGAUCACACUCCGUACUUUGGCAUCUCCACCGAAUGUCCAUUAGAGUUUGACUUUCUGAAGAGUAGGGGACAGAAUCUGAUUCCGCUAGCACCGGUCUGUAAGUCCUUGUGGACCACCAGUGUUGAAGCCUCACUGGAGUACUGUCGUAUUGUGUGGGACCUCUUUCCCACAGGCAAAUUGAUUAGAUUCGUGGUCACUGAUCGUGCUGCUUAUGUAUUGAAUUCAUGGAGUCCUCUGCAACAGAAUUUGAAUCAUAUAAUGAAUGGCACAGCUAUUUUGGGAGUCCCACCAAAGACACCAGAUCCUGGUGAAGAUUAUUCAGUGAUACAUGGUCUACGUGUGGCAAUUGAAACUCUAAAUGAGUGCUCUGAGAUACAGCAUGAAAAAAGAACUUCUCUGAAUGAGAAUACUACUAAGUUGGUAAACAGGGGUAGAGUAAUAUGUAUCACAAGUGCACGUGACAACAGCAAUAUGAAGAGUUUAGAGAAUAUAUUUCUGAAUGAAUUAGCACAGGAAAACAAGACUGCGCUAGCCUCAGAUCACUUGAUACCCAUUGAUUAUUGUCACCUGGUUAUAUUGAAUAUAUAUCCCAAUAAUAUAGAGUCUCAAGUCACUAGUCAAGGCCCACGAGAGAUAUCACCUUUAUUAACAGUAGAAGUGCAUUCAAUCAAGGCCUCAGCACUUCACUCCAAAUUAUCGCAUUUGAUUUUGUCUCAUUAUGAUCUAGCCAGUACCACAGUGACAGGUAUACCAAUGAAAGAGGAGCAAAAUGCCAGUUCUUCUGCUAAUUAUGAUGUGGAGAUAUUUCAUUCUUCUGCUGCACAUACUGCAAUUUUAAAAGCAAAUCCACAAGAUUCAGCAUUAAUAAAAACCUUCAGACGUUUCGAAGAAGGAUCGGAGUAUGAAACAGUUACUCUGAAGUGGUGUACACCGCGUGGUUGCAGUGCAUCGGAAAUGCAAUAUUGUACGGCGAUGCAUCGUAUCACGCCGGUUGAUGUCAACAGUAGGCCGUCCUCUUGUUUGAUCAACUUCUUAUUAAACGGACGAUCGGUGAUGUUGGAGAUGGCCAGAAAAACUGGCGGAAAGACCAUUUCUCAUCUGUUAGCAGCACAUGGUGGAGAGAUUUUUAUUCAUACUCUAUCCACUGCUCGAAGUGUACUUGAGGAUCCACCAUCAAUUAGCGAAGGCUGUGGCGGACGAGUUACGGAUUACAGAAUAACUGAUUUUGGUUUCUUGAUGCGAAAUAACAUACUAGUACCACUUAAACGUACUUCCAAUUCUAAUGAUGAUGGUACAAUAGAAAAAAUGAGAUCAAGAUUGGAACGUCAUACUAAAUAUUGGCCCAUGACUAUUUCUAGUACUCUCAUGUUUAACUUAAAACAGGUGAUAGAUCCGCUCGCAGAACUAAUGGUGAAGGAGGAAUUAACCACGGAUGAAGUAUUACAGUGCAAACAAGUAAUCUUCAGUGUACUCGGAUUGGAAGCAAAGCAUGAAACGUUGCCGCUGCCGAAUAUUGGUGGAGGUCGUGGCGGCAAGGGAGGAGUACGUAGAGAAGAACAUUAUCGUUUAUUAUGGGAUGAGAUGGAAACAUUUCUCAAGCAUCACGCGAAUAACUCGGCUGCGCAUACCGAAGUGCUGACUUGUCUAUUGGAAAUCAGAAAUAAAGAUGACAAGGACAAAGUAGAGCUUGAUCAAGCUCUACGCGAAUUAGACAGUUUUGGUAAGGAAGAUGGAACUGCUCGAGUUAGCGUAAUUAGAGCGACGACAGAUUCGCCGAUGUCGCCGCCGGCGAACGUGUCAAUGCCUCUAAACAAGCAAUUACACAAAGCCAAUGUUGGCUCGAAGAGUCUCCUGGAUAUUUGGCUACAGCGCAGUGCUCCAAAAGAUAGAAAACCAGACUUUCAUGGUAGAAUCAACAGUGAUGGUCUUAAAGCGAAAUUAUAUCCAAAUUUGAAAGAUACGGGAAGAGAACCCAGAGAGACCAUUCUAGAGGGGUAA